UAAUUUAGAAAACUCAGACAACAGAAUUCUGUUGUCUGAGUAAAUGAAGAAAUUAUUUCUUCUUGUGUGGACAAAAACCUAUUUUUGGCUGAACUAAAACAGAUCUUUUAAUAGACCUAGACCCGGCCCCGUGCUUUCCCACACUUGGUGAAAAAAAAUCAGAAAACUCAUUUUCCGUCUCCCAAACCUAGUAGCACCUCUUCUUCGAUGCUCUUCCAUCCUCGUUGCUCUCUCAUAUCGGUCUACAAACCAACAACCAAAGCCGGCCGGGUCAAGUCAAGUUCUUCAAGGAAAUAGAAAUUGGAGAGUAGAGAUGAGAGAAGACAGUACGAAGAGAGAGAAAGUAGAUCUGGUUUCUCAAUUCUCCAUCUUCUACCUCCGAGCAUCAUCCGGCGACAUCGCCACUACCAAUGGACUCUUCGGCCUCCAAUUAGUUGACCCAGGCUGCGUCAUCCAACGAUAUCGAAAGUCAGCACCACAUGCUUCCGACUGCGAGUCCGGAUCUACACCCAACAGAGAUCACAGAAUCGGGAGCGAUUUGGGGAUUUAGGGUUUCGAAAUCGAAAGCGUCGUCGUUUUCGAAAUGGCGUUGGGCAAGGUGAAGGAGCUCGUCUCGUCCAAUCCGGUAGUCAUCUUCAGCAACAAGCUUUGUCCUUACUGUGUUUGUGUGAAGCAGCUCUUCGUUCUAAAAUUGGGAGUCCAGUACAAGGCCAUUGAAUUGGACCAAGAGAAGAUUAGUAUUUUCUUUUGGGAUUUAGUUAUUCCCCCAACACAGAGAAAGGGACGAGACGAAACAAAAAGAGAGAGAGAGAGAGAGAGACAAGAGAACAGGCAAGAACGAAAAGAAGGAGAAGAGAGAGACGGGAAGCUCUUGCUUAGAUUGCUACUUUGUCUAUGUAAUUUUGCUGAUGGAGAUCUUCAACAUCAGUGUAGGUUAUUUGUUUGGAACAAAUAAACACUACAGACUGAAAGCACACUGGAAGAUCACAUGAUGAUAGUUACUGAUGUUGGAUUUAGAACAAAUUUCCUGAACAGAAUAAGGACAAGUAUGAUCGUAGAGUUCUACGAGUUCAGAGUCGAUGAGUAAAAUAGAGGCAAUGUUUGAAGCUGAACUUGAGAGGUUAGGGCUAAACAGCAGUACUUCUACUUUGGAGCGAAGAUUAAUUUGAGAGCUUCCAAACAGUGUUCAUCAAGUUUCUGAAGAUUACAUUUGGGAAAACUCUAAUACUUUACAGGCCAGUGUUUACAUCAAAGGAAGUCGAGGUAAAAAAAAAUUAUUGGAAAAGAGAUGAAAUUUCAUUUGUGGUUUGAUCCCUCCCAAAUAUAUGUGAUGCUUUAUUUCAGUAUAACCACAUGUUCAUAAUGCAUGCUAUUUUACACACAACUUCGAUUUAUGGUGUCCUACUGCCCUCACUAUAUACCAUCAAAGUUUUGAUUUCUCUCAGUUUUGGCAGCCAUAACAUCAACAACUAGAACUUGCCUGGUGGCACCAAAUGAUCACAGAACACUAAGCCUAGAUGCUUUACAAAAGAAUGCACCAACUGUGAAGAACAGACUGCUGCUAUUUGAUUUGUAGCACCAUCGAGGUGGAAGCAGCUUCUCAGGAUUAUGCUCAUGUCAAAGCGUCCUAAAAUCCCCCCUUCUGGCCCAAGCCACAGGACCAACAAGACACCUAAUCCCUCGAUAGAUUACUAAACACUUCUAUUAUUUGUAUACAGAGAGCAGCAUUUCCAACUGAAGUUUGGUUGAAUUUUUUGGCUAACUUCUUCAUGUGUUUCUGAUUUUGUUUGAUGGGUUUGAUUAUUCUUCUAUCGUUUCUUGAACGACUAUAUUCCCGCAGCAAAGCGUGGGUACGCUUUCUAGU